GUGACGUCUUUGAAUUUACUGGCCGCACACUCUCCUUUCCACGGUGACAAUUUUCUACGUCUUCCAGGCAUCCGACCACGAGAAGCUGAAGUAAAAGGCGAUUUAGGAAAACAGUGCCGAAGCUCUGAGAAUGGAGGCUGAAACUGCACCAAAUUACGAAAAAACAAAUCAUUAAUUACUUGUGUGUUGGCAGGCUGUUAAGGUUAGCUAACAAGCUUGUGUCAACACAGAUUAGCAAACCAAGCUGCAGCCCUCGCUAGGCUCUGUUGCUGUGGAUGCUAAUUGCAAUUAAACCUAAAAAAAGAGUACCGUUUGUUUAUUUAUUUAUUAAGCAGCAGUCACAGCUGGAAGUGAGGCAAUACAAAACGUGCCAGCAUGAGGAUUUUAAGGUUUCUGAGGAGCAGCGUGUCCAUAGGGAAGGACAUCGACUACUAUUCCAAAUUCUCACCAUCCCCUCUAUCAAUGAAGCAGUUUCUGGAUUUUGGUUCAGAAAAUGCAUGUGUGAAAACAUCCUUCAACUUCCUCAGACAGGAGUUACCUGUGAGGCUGGCCAACAUCAUGAAGGAAAUUAACUUGCUGCCAGACAACUUAUUGAGGACGCCAUCAGUCCGAUUGGUCCAGAGCUGGUACAUGCAGAGUCUUCAGGAGAUUCUCGAGUUCAAAGACAAAAAUGCAGACGACGAGAAAGUCACAUAUGAUUUCACAGAUGCUGUGAUAAAUAUCAGAAAUCGCCACAAUGAUGUCAUUCCCACCAUGGCUCAGGGCGUUGUGGAGUACAAGGAGGCGUACGGCACAGAUCCCAUCGUCAGCCAGAAUGUUCAGUAUUUUCUGGAUCGCUUCUACAUGAGCAGGAUUUCCAUCAGGAUGCUGCUCAACCAGCACACUCUGCUCUUUGGAGGGAAGGUGAAUCCUGCACACCCCAAACAGAUUGGCAGUAUUGAUCCACACUGUCGGGUCAGCGAGGUUAUCAGAGAUGCCUACGAAAAUGCAAGAAACCUUUGUGAUCGGUAUUACAUGAACUCUCCUGAGCUGGUCCUGGAGGAAUUCAAUGCCAAAGAGAAGGGGAAACCUGUCACCAUGGUCUAUGUUCCAUCUCAUCUGUAUCACAUGGUGUUUGAACUCUAUAAGAACGCCAUGAGGGCCACCAUGGAGUUAUACGGAGAUGCCAUGGAGUACCCUUCUAUCCAUACACAGGUUGCUCUGGGAACUGAAGAUCUCACAGUCAAGGUAAAUGUGCAGAUAAACUCCUGUACAGUAAAGGUUAAAGCAGCAAACUUGGCAUUGAAAACUCUUUCAGGUUUUUGUGUACGUUUUGGAGGAGCUUGUGUUUAUUCAUGCCGUUUGCUUUGUGAGGUGAGCGACCGUGGAGGAGGUGUGCCACUGCGUAAAAUCGACAGGCUGUUCACCUACACUUACUCGACUGCUCCGAGACCCAGCAUCGACGGAUCUCGUGCUGCUCCUCUGGCUGGUUAUGGGUAUGGCCUGCCCAUCUCACGACUGUACGCUCGCUACUUUCAAGGAGACCUCAAGUUGUAUUCUAUGGAGGGUUAUGGAAUCGAUGCUGUGAUCUACAUACGGGCACUAUCCACAGAGUCCAUCGAGAGGCUCCCGGUGUACAACAAGUCAGCCUGGAAACACUACAACACCAUCCACGAGGCAGACGACUGGUGCGUCCCGAGCAAAGAGCCAAAGGACAUGACGACAUUUCGUAGCUUGUAGAUCAAAUGUAAAUGAAAGUGCGCAAGAGACGUAACCGAAUGUGUGAGCGUGUGGCAGUAAUUACAUCAAACCCUUCAGUUAUUUACAAACAAAGCUUAAAGAAUAAUAGAACAAAGUUUUAGUGCCAUAUAAUCCACAUGGAACAAUGGCUUUGUUAUGAUUAGUACUUUAAAGUGCAGCAGCUCUUGGUUUUCCCCAUUCAUCUUAAAUGUUAACUGUUAUCUACCAGGACCAGGUUUCAACAAAUGCAAGCUGUAUGUUUUUUAUGUUUUAUAUUUAUAUUCGACAUGAAAAACUUGCAGGUGCAGAGAAAUCAACAAUUUAAACAUACAUUCAUGUUUUCUCUUUAAAUGAUGAACAAGAUGGUACUGCACAGCUGUCAGCGCUCUCUGGUGGACAAAGCUUGCAAAGGUGUCAUGUUUGUCUGAUGAGCUAAAGAUCACCUGAUGCGUUUAUUAGGACAUGUAUAAUUUUUGGGAUGCUUUAAGAAUAAGACUUAAAAGCCAUGUUGUAUUGUUUGUAUUAGCAGAGGUCUCUGCAAAACAAGCGGUCUGCAGGGUUCAAUGCCAUCGGGGUCGGAGGACAAUGUAUUAAAGCUCUUAUGUGAGGUUGUCCUUACAGGUAUCAGCAAAAGUUUAGUUUGCUUUGCUGCUUUUCCUUUGUCUGGUUUAAUUACGGUGAACUUUAGUUUCUCCUGUUACAGUUUAUCUGUGCGUAGAGUUUCUCUCCCCUGUUUUUGUGGAGUCUGUUACUUUGAAAGAAAAGCACAGCUGAUGUGAAAUUAAAAGCUUUGCUUUUUGUUAAGCUGCUGUCUUCUAAGCAUUUCUCGUGUUUCUUUUGUUUAUUUAUUAGGGCAUUUCUAACAGGGUAUUGGUUAAAGUAACGUGAUGGAAAAAAGGUUUGAUUUGCUGUCUGUAAAUUGUUGUAUUGCACUUGUUUUACAUGCUAGUUUGAGAAUGUUGGGGGUAUUUAUUGGGAGGGUUGCAGCUGGUGUGGUUUAUUGGGUCAGUGUUUGUGGUUUUCUGUUAUGCUUUAAAAGAAGAUACAACCUUGAACUCUUUUCCACAUGAUUCUUCUGUGUCCUAUAAGGAAACUUAAUACAGUAUUUUAGUGCUGUGGUUGUAUUAUUUGGGCUCAUUCAGCUAAACUGACAAAAGUCCUUGUUUUCCAUGUUACACUAUCUGCAGUUGUCUGAGUGGAUCAUGUUCAGUAUAGUAGGUUAUUUUCCAGAUAAUUACUUUUGUUAAAAUAGCUUUGUGCAUGCAGAGUCGAGGUGAGACAAACUUGUUUAUUUGUGAUCACCGAUUUCUGUCAAGUAUGUAAUUAAAACUGUAACACCAGCAGUUUGACUGUUGAAGGCAUCAGAUAUGAAAUCAUUGCCGUGGGGGCAAAAGUUUCAAUAAACAGUUACAAACACUGACUACUGCCUGUUUUUAGUUUUAGACCACACGUCUGCUGGAUCGAGACUUAUGUCACAUGUUUAACUCAUCCGGCCAAUUGACUGAUGUGCUGCCACGAUGAGGCGUUUGUUAUUGCUCUGACAGUAUUGGUCAGAAUGUAACUGGACUUGCACACAGUGAUCUCAUAACAAGUUUUCACACAAACUGAGUCCAAGAGAAAAAUGGCUUUACUUUCUCAAGACUCACUCCUCCUCCUCUAUUUUUAGUCGAAUGAAAUUAGUGCUGGAUACGACUUUUGCAAGCUGCCUCAGCUACAGCAAACCAACGAUGACAAUAACAUCACUUUCUUUACACUCACCUGUGAAUUGUGUGCCAGAUGAGCUACAUCACAGACAUCUGGUUAAAGCAGACUUUAAUAGUCUGCAGCUGUGUAUAAAAGCUGUAGCAACAUCUUAAGCAAUCAGUCGAAUAUUCACCUCGUUACUUGGGUGGGUUUUGACUCAGGUCUGUGAAGCUAACCCUGAGACUGUUGUGCAUACAAGCUUUGCUUUUUGAAAGCGCAGCAACAUAAAAGCACACAGGCCACAUAAAGUGAAAAUUAGUUUAUUGACGUUGCAUACACCAAGAAACAUUUCUCUGAUUUUGCGGUUGCAGUCCAAUGUCUCAAUCGAUACGCAACGUGGAGUCAUGCUCGAGAGGAAAGGAAGCGCUUCGGUUUCGCGGUGAACUCUUUACUGUUUAGACCUCAAAUCCCGCCUCCCACAAGUCAUUGUCACAAGCUGUUUAAUGGACCAGUGAGGUGCACGUGUAGCAGACCUGCACGCUGUUUGUAUUUACAUGGAGCAUCACUAACGACACAGACUUGGGGACAGCAGAGCAGCAUUCACCUUGUCCCAGCUUGAUUUCUUUUUGCUUUUCCAUUCAGCAAAAAUGAUGGCCUAGCUAUUCUACUUAGUAGAAAAUUUUUGAUAAUAUAAAAUGAACAAUGAUAUUUAAGUAAAAA